GAAAAUCCAGAACAGAGAGAAGGAACUUUGUGAGCUGAUAAACGCUGUGGAGUCUCACAAGUGUUCUGCACAGACAGUAGUGGAGAACAUUGAGAGGAUCUGUACUGAACUAAUCAACUCAAUUAACAGAAGAUGCUCUGAGCUAAAAGAUCUGAUCAGAGAUCGAGAGACAGCAGAAGUAAGUCGAGCUGAAAAAGUCCUGAAGCAGUUGGAGCAGCAGAUUGUAGAGCUGAAGAGGAAAGAUGCUGAACUGGAACAGCUUUCACACAGAGGAUCCCGUCCAUUUCCUCAAGAAUUUUCGGCUGCUGGAUCCUGCUGGAUCUGCAGAAUCAGCCGCCAUCACAAUCAGUCCUUUCCUCUCAUUUGAUGAUGUUACAAAGUCUGUAUCUCAGCUGAGAGAGAAAGUAGAAGAAUUCUGGAAAGAUCAGUGUGAGAAGAUACCAGAUGAAGUGAAGAAAGUCUGGAUUACUUCACUUCCUGAACCUGAAAUCAGAGAAGAUUUUCUACAAUAUGUUUGUCGGUUCACACUGGAUCCAAACACAGUAAAUAAAAACCUCCAUCUGUCUGAGGAGAACAAAGUGGUGACCUGCAGUAGAACAUUACAGUCGUAUCCUGAUCAUCCAGAUAGAUUUGAUAUUUACUGGUUACAGGUUCUGUGUAGAGAGAGUGUGAGUGGACGCUGUUACUGGGAGGUUGAGUGGAGUGGGGAUGAUGGGGUUUAUAUAGCAGUGUCAUAUAAAAGCAUCAGCAGGAAGGGACGUGGUGUUGAGUGUUUGUUUGGAGGUAAUGAUCAGUCCUGGAGUUUGUUCUGUUCUCCAUCCAGAUUUUUAUUCUGGCACAAUAAGAAAAAUACUGAAAUUAUCAUAAUGCCGAGUUCCUCUAGAAUAGGAGUGUAUGUGGAUUAUGAAGCAGGAACUCUGUCCUUCUACAGCGUCUCUGAUACAAUGAAGCUCCUCCACAGAGUUCAGACCACGUUCACUCAGCUCCUCUACCAGGGGUUUUAUCUUUAUUCAGGAUCAAAAGUGAAACUGUCAGAUUUAACAAAUUAAAUGUAAAAUUAACAUGAAAGUGUAACAUUAAACUGUUUAAAACAUUAAACAUUAAAAGAUUUUCUUUUUAAUAAGGAAACAUUUAAACAUUUAAAAAUAUAUAAAACACAAUAAAUACAGUGCUGUGAAAAAGCAUUUACCCCCUAAUCUAAAUGGAUUCAGAUAUUAAAACUAAAUUAAA